AUGUUUUUAUCAAAAUCAAUGUUUAACUUGAAGCUGAAGCGUCUUUUUCAUUUCAAAAUUCGCAAAGAUCAUGUUGAAAAGUGCGAUGGAGAAUCAUCAGUAAAAAUAUUUCAGAGACGCAAUGGUAAUCGACUCAAUACGAAGCGCAACAAAACUCGAAAACGGCAAGAGAACCACAAUCCAUUAAGUCAGCUUGUGAAGUAA